AUGGAGGCACCAGAAGAGGACGCAGAGUUCCUCUCGCUCUCUGCGCCCGUGCAGGGAGUCACUCUACGACUCUCUCAGCCGUUCGACUUUGACAAUGCGGCGGGAGGGAAGGCAGAACCAGGCAACUUGUUUGCUGUGAGCAACGAGUUCGGGUGGAUUGUGGCUGCCAGAAGCGAAGGCGGCUUCGCCCUCUUCUCCCUCCCCACCAUCCGUUCCACCCUCGCCAGUGCUUCCCCUCACUCGACACCCAAUGUCCCGCCCACACUCUCAGUCUCGACGACAGCACCAGUCGACUUCUUACGAUUCGCGAUGGGCGAGAAAAUCGUUGUCGCGGGCUUGCGGGACGGGAGCGUGGCGAUUUGGCGGUUGAAGAGUCUGGUCGAGGGCAACACCGCGCCUCUGCGAACGAUCCCAGCCGUCGCGCCCUCGCCCUUACUCGAUGUCUGUCCCAAUCCCGCCCCCGACUCGCCCCUUCUCGCGAUCAUCUCGCCUGCCGCUCCUAUGACCGUCUUCAACAUCGAGUCCAGCUCCAUCCACGCCACCUUCUCGCCAUCAUUCACCGCGACUGCCGGAUGCUGGAGCGUCAAGGGCAAGCAGAUUGCCGUCGGGACUCGCGGUGGAACCGUCUCGCAGCUCACGCCCGAAGGCGAGCAGAAGGCAUCACUUGCCCUUCCUUCGGAUCUCGCGACGCAGGGCGGUGAAUGGGAGGUGCGGUCGAUUGAGUGGCUCGAAAACAACGUCUUCCUCGUUACGUACGGCCGGCCUCGCACAGCUGGUGAGGAGCCGCAGCACGAGGACGAAGUGUUUGUCUUAACGAAGGGAGCCGGUGGAGCAGUCGAGUAUGCGAGGUUCACGGACCCUGCGCCGCCUUUCGGAAUGAUGGGACGACAAGGGCGGCGAUGGGUCGGCAGGUUCAAGAACUGGGAGCCCUUCAAGCACCUGCUCUUCAUGGCCAACGCCCCCUCAGGCGACAUUGGCGUCAUCGGUCAAUCAGCCACCGCCUCUUACCCUCCCGGCUCUUCCUCCGGCUGGGCGACUCUCGCGCUUCCCGAUUCGUCCCGACCUACCCUUCCGCUCGGCGAAGCUGGCGAGGACGCAUGCCCCCUCUCGCUCGACCUCGACCUCUCCAUCCCGGACGGAGGGGGUCAGCGAAAACCGGCUGUUCUCGUCUACACAAGCCAGGGCAUCGUCGCGUACUGGCGCAUUACGAACGAGAAGUGCGAGAGGUACGAUGGCAUGGUGACGAGUCGAGACGUCUUGACGCAGGAGGGCGACGCGCCUUCGACAGCCGUUCCGGCUGCUGCGCCUGCUUCUGCCGCACCGCCAGGCUUCGCCGGCUUUGGUAUUUCUAGUGCAGCGACGUCGACUGCCUCCGCCGCUCCAUCGGCGUUCAGCGCGUUCUCCAGUCCAUCGUCGACUUCAGCGUUCGGCGCCUCUGCAUUUGGCUCGACGCCGGCUUCAACCGCUCCUGCGUUCGGCACGACAGCGACGCCGGCAUUCGGCUCGACCUCCGGCUUUGGCGCCUUCUCGAAGCCCGCUGCAUCCACGCCGACCGCCUCACCGUUCGCAACGGCAACUUCGACAGGCGGCGGGUUCGCCUCUGUUCCGUCUUCGGGAGGCUUCGCCUCCUUCGGUUCGAGCGGAUCGGCAUUCGGUUCCGCUGCUUCGACUACGAAGACGGCUUCGCCAUUCGGCAGCGGUAGCGCGUUCGGAUCAGGCGGGUCCGCCGGCACGCCGGUCUUCGGUUCAGCCUCGACGCCGGCGUCGACGGGAGGAGGUUCGUCAGGCUUCGCUGCCUUUGGUGCGGCGGCAGGCGCAGGAGCGGCAACCAGCGGAUUUGGCGCGUUUGGAGGCAAGCCGUCCGUUUUCGGCGGCGCGGCAGCAACGCCGUCGACUUCUUCGACCAGCGCUUUCGGUUCUGCCGGCACGGCACCCAAGUUUGCUUUCGGAGCAACGCCAAGCACCGCCGCGAAGUCCCCUCUCGCCGCUCGUCAAUCGGCUGACUCGGACAACGAGGAUGAGAUGGCGGACGAGGAAGGCGUCGCUGCUGAAUCAAGGGUCGACGAGCCGCCCGACCUCGAGCCGACUCGUACGGGUCUCGAUUUCGCGCAAAGUGUGCGCGAAGCCGAGAUGAAGCCGUCGACACCGGCUGCAAGGGAGGAAUCGAAGGGUCCCGAGGGUCUCAGCUUUGGCGGCUUCGGGCUCGGAGGGUCGACAACUACACCUGCGGCUGACAAGCCUGCGACCAGCAUCUUCGGUUCGACUGCGGCAACGGCAACCCCUCCAGCUGCGACUGCACUCAAAACGCCUGCAUUCGGCGGUUUUGGUUCUUCCUCAACGACCGCGCCCAUCUUCGGUGGUGGCGGAUUCGGAUUCGGUCAGAAACUCGCUGCAACCCUCGAGGCGCAGAAAGACGAGGCUCCGGCCGUGGCAAAGAAGGAGGAGGACAAGCCGGCAUCUGGCUUCGGGGCGUUCUCGGCGCCAACGGGUGGCUUCGGAGCUUUUGCGCCGCAGAAGGACGGCAACGCUGAGGCUUCGAAAUCAGCCUUCGGGGUCGGCGGGUCUGCAUCGACAGCCGGUGGUUUCGGGGCGUUCGCAGCGAAAAAGGACGCGCUCGAGACGAAGCAGGAGCCGCUAGCUCUACCGACGCCUACGCCACCUGCCGACAAGCCGGCGACAUCAUCCUCAACUACCUCGACGAACGGCUUCUCGUUCGCUCCCGCUGCUAGUUCGACCGGGUCGGCCCAAGGCUCCGGUGCCUUCGCAUCGCCCAAGCCGUUGCAGUCUACCGAGACCGCAGCGGAUCACGAGGCGCCAAAGGCGGAGAAGGGUGAGCGGGCGGUCGCGGAGACGGGGGAAAAGGAGGAGACGAGAGCAGAGCCGACCACGACUCCCGCGAAGUCUGCGUCUGCGUUUGGCGCCGGCGACAUCGCGUCUCCCGCGCCGUCGACACCCGCGAACGAGCGUCCCGCACCAGCGGCGAAGGCGGAGGAUGCGGGCGGAGAGGGCGAGAAGGAAGAGGAGCGAGAGGAUGAGGAGGACGCAGGCGAAGAGGAAGAAGAGGAAGAGGAGGAAGAUCAGGAAGCGGAGGAGGAGGAGACGGAAGAGGAGGAAGAGGUGGCGGAAGAGAAGGCGUCCAUGCUCAAGAGCGAAGAGAAGCCCAAGCCGGCGUUCUCUUUCGCCGCACCAGCCGCCAGCAACGCAGGGACAGCCGGCUUCCCCAAGCCAGCCUCGCCCGGCGGCUUCGGCUCCUUCGCAACCUCCAGCUCGACGACAGGCUUUGGCUUCGGGUCAGCAUCCUCGACACCGAAGACUCCCACGACCGGCUUCUCGUUCGGCGGCACGCCCGCCGCCGCUCCCGCGUCGUCCGCUACCGCUGGCUUCUCUUUCGCGCCCACAAAGCCCGGCUCGCAAGCACACGCCGCACCUACGACGACGGCGAAGCCUUCCGAGCCCAUUACCGUACCAUCGCCAAAGGAGAAGUCGACCACGAAGAGCCUCUUCGGCUUCGCCAGUAGCCCGCCAGACGAGAAGAAGCGGAGUCAACCUGCGGGCAGCCUCCUCGGCCGUCUGGGCGCGAAGGACGAAGAGCCGGAAGAAGCGGAAGAAGAGCCGCAGGAAGAAGGGGGAUCGGAGGAGGGGUCUGACGAAGACGCGAGCGAAUUCGAGGAGGAGCCGUCUGAGAAAGAAGAGGAGGAGCCAGUGUCGAGCGUCCCAGCAGCGCCGUCCUCCUUGCUCUCCCGCCUCAGCCCUGCACCGCCGUCUCCAGCAGCCGAGCCCUCAACUUCCGCAUCCGCACCAGCGGUCAAGGCCCCUGCGUUCAGCUUCCCCUCUCCAGCGACAGCAGCGUCGCCCAGUCCCGCUGGUCCAGCGGGUAAGUCGCCGUUCAGCUUCGCCACGCCGCCUUCAGCAUCGUCGGCCGCGACACCUACGCCUCCCGCCAAGCCACCUUCCUUCCUCAACUUUGCCUCCUCUACACCCAAGACCAGCUCGCCUCUCGCCGCCCCACCCCUAGGCGUACCUGCCUUUUCCUCGUCCGCGCCAAGGGUUCCUUUGCCGCUGUCGCUCGCGCCUUCAGCCCUCAAGGUGGAGGGGAAGUCGUCAGCGGCAGCCGCACAGCCGGCUGCGCCCGCUCCGACCGCAAGUUCUCCUUUCUUGUCUGGUUCAGCGCCCACUUUGCCUGUGCCGACGACAGCGACCGCCGCGAAACCAAUCGCUGCACCAGCUCCGGAUGCCGGCUCCAAGCCAUCUCUCGAAGCGCAAUCGGCACCGCCGGUCAGCACUGCAGCUCCUGCGCCCGUGUUCGACGCCGCUGGCCCUCGACAGAGGACGCCGCUGGCGAGCACCACUGCGCCGAAGCUCGGCACCCAGCUGCUUGCCGCGGAAGGUGCAGCGGCACCGGCCGUCGAGGAGAAGGGAAUGGCCGGCGAGUUCCUCAAGGCUUACUUGAGCGUGCAGAAGGACUUCGAAAUUCUCCGCGAGAAUGCAGCCAUCAUCAAAGACUUUGUCGCCGAUCUCGCGAAGCCGUGCCAGCCGUCGACUGUCCAGUCGAAAAAUGGCCGCGGCCAGUAUGACGACAAGUUUUGGUCGUUCGGCGAUCUCGACCAGCUCAAGCGCCUAACGAAGGACGCGAAGCCGGGCGUCGAGUCGCUACACGCUGCCGCUAUCAGCCAGAAGCGCCGCGUCGCCGAGUUGGAGAGUCAGCUGCUUAAGGCCGAGACGAAACGCGAAGAGGCCGGCCGCUUUAUUCGCGCCCGCGCCGACCCAGCCUUCGCCAAGAUGGUCCGGGUACGCCAGCUCGGCCCGGAGCAGUCGGAGAACCAGCGCAAGAUACGCCUUCAGAUGCAAGCAGCCAUCGCGUCGGCUGAGCAACUUGAGGAGCACAUGCUCAAUCUCAAGAAGCGGCUGACGGACGAGAAACUUGGUCGCCAAUCCUUCAAAGCUCCUUCGCUCGACUCCGUCAGCCGGGCGCUGCGGAACAUCUCGCUCGCCGUGUCGGAGAAGACGCUCGAGUUGGACGACCUCACGCUGCGCCUCGACUCCGUCCGCCUGCAGCCUGCAAGCAACGCAACACCUCGUCGGAAGCUCCUGCAGCGGUCGUCCUCCCUCGCCCUCGACGAGCGUUUGCAGCGUUCUCCGGCUCUUCAACCGUCAAACGUGACCGGAGAUCCGUCGAACGCAGCGGUGACGGCCGAGGCGGCUCUUCAAGCUGAACGGUCGGGUGCCAUCCUCAAACGGGCGCUCCUCGCCGCACGGAAGGACCAGCCGCUCCUCAACCGCAGCGCCUGUGGCUCCAAGACCUCCCGUUUGGCGAAGCCGCCCGCAGACAUCCAGCUCGCUUUUUCGCAAGGACCGAUCACUGGCGAACGGCUUCCGCGACCGAGGCGCUUCGUUCCCCCUCCGCCUUCAACUCCCUCAAUUCCGUCGACUCCUACGACUUCAUCGACGUUUGCAAACAGCAUCGAGCCUAUCACUGCAACGCCGACGCCGCUCCUCGCGACCCCGUCGGCGCCGGCUGCAUCCUCUCGCCCGCCUCUCUCGCCAUUCGCAACCUCAACCCCGAUUUCUUUCGGCGCGUCCGCGGUAACUCCGACAAGCGUCCCAUCGUUCACACCGUCAGCAGCGCCUGCCGCCAAAAAGCCUGCAUUUGGUCUGCCGUCCGUGUCGCUUGCGUCUGCGGUCGUCCCGCCAACAGCGUUUACGCCGGCCUCUUUCCCGUCCGCAAAGCCGACUGUAGCGCCGCCUGUCGACGCACCUGCGCUCGGUUCGGCCGUCGGUACAUCAGGGACUCCUCCUCCGGUCUUCCCGUCUCUGACGCUCAAAGCGGCUCCGCAAAUCUCGUUCGCGGCGCCGAUCUCCGCUCCUUCGCCAUCCUCGACCUCGAACACAUCGCCUGCGGCAAGCUCACGAGGCUCGGCCUCGCGGCAAACGUCGUCGCGCCACCAUACCGGCGCUGUGCAGCUCAAACCUGCGACUGGUCAGCCGGCGCCUGCCGCCUCGACGUUCGACUGGGGCCCACUGCCGUCGAGCCUGACAAAUGGUUUCCCGAGCAGCCCUUCGACGUCGAUGGCAUCGGCCAAACCCGCCGCGCCCUCCGGAUUCUCGUUCGCCACGACUCCAGCCGCUACGCCAAGCAAGCCCGCGGCUCCGACGUUCUCAUUCGCAACAGCUGCGUCGACUUCGACCCCGACCAAGUCCGCGGCUCCGAGCUUCUCUUUCGCAAGCACGACUUCCGCAACCACGCCAGCGAGCAAGCCAGCGUUCGCUUUCGCGACGACAACCCCAGCGGGAACGCCGACGGGCAAGGCACCGUUCUCCUUCGCUGGAUUCGGCUCGACGAAGCCCGCUCCUGCAGCGAAUGUGGCAGCACCCGAUGCGGAAGAAGAGGAAGGAUCGGGCGAGGAGGAAGAAGAGGAGGACUGGGAGGGCGAGGACGGUGAGUUCGGUGACGAGGAUUACGACGAGGACGAGGAGGGACUGGACACGAUCAGCGAGGCGAACGAGGAGGAUGACCAGUAG